AUGCUGACGGUUGAGUUGAGCACUGAGGCUGGUAGGAGGAAGGAGGCCGAACGAAAGGAAGUGAUGCUGGGCUCAGCCGGAGGAAGGCGUCGUCCGGUCGAGGUACGCCGGGACUCGAGCCUGACGCCUUGGUUCGACUUCCAAACCCUCCGUCAAGUCGCAUCAUGCCAGCGCACAAACAGACCGUCUGGACUCGUCAAAUAUGAGACAAACACGGCAAGAGCUCGGUAUACGAUUUUUGUUGUCGGUUAA